AUGGCGGAUCAAGAAGAUGAUACACAUGAUGCAGAAGAGGACGAACAUCAGUUAAAACGUGUAAGAGACUGGAUUAGCUCUAGCCACAUUGACAAUAUUGAACUGACUGAUGUUCUCUCUAGCUUCCCGGACAUAUCAGUGGCUCUGACUGAAGAAAUCAUGGAUAAACUUGUAAACCAAAAUAUACUGUCAAGAACGGGAAAGGAUUCUUACUCCAUCAGCAAGAUGAAGGCAAUUGUCGUGAAGGAAGAGAUACAAGUAAACCAAGUUGAUGAGAAAGUUCAGCGAGGGAAUGAUGAAGACUACUUGUACUUGAAGGCUCUUUAUCAUGUCCUUCCACUGGAUUAUGUUACAAUAUCUAAACUUCAAAGUAAGCUGGAAGGAGAGGCAAAUCAGGCAACUGCGCGUGAACUGCUCGAUAAGAUGGCUUGUGAUGGAUAUGUGGAAGCCAAGAACAAACCAAGAUUAGGUAAACGUGUCAUUCGAUCCGAAUUAACUGACAAGAAGCUAUUUGAGGUCAAGAAUGUUUUGGAGAUCAAGUUAUCGGCGAUGGAGAUAAGUGAACCUCAAAACAUAUCAACCUGCGGUGGUCUCCACUCUGUUGGUUCUGAUCUUACUAGAACUCGAGAAAGAUCAGUUGAUACUCAGCAGAAUGGGUCGUCUAGAAUUCAGGAGCAACUUGGAAACAACACACCCAUUCGUGGAAAUGAGCGUCAAGGGAGAGUGGUAUACCAGGGAUCGAUAAGCGAAAUGGUAUGGAUGGGAGAGGAUUCAGUAACUGUCGUGAGGGUGAUAAUACCUUCUGUAGUCGUCCCAGUCAGGAAAAGCGCUCCAGGAAAACUAGCACGGUGAAAGAGCCCAAAUCUCAAGGUGGUGGCGCGUUGUAGUAAUAGAUUAUUGAAAUAAAAAAAGAGGAAUAGCACAAAGUUCUGGUGAAUAAAAAUGACCUGAUAACUAAGUUGUAUAUCUGCUUACAGUUCAGAACCUUUGUUGUUAAUGUAAUACAUACAUUAGAUAUCUCUGUCUAAUUGCCUGUUUAAGUAAAUGAAAUGUUUGGCCGCUUAGUAA